CCUGUAAUUUCUUCAAUAUAUUUUGUUAUGGAUUUUUAUACAAUAUAUUUUGUUAUGGAUUGUUAUACAAUAUAUUUUGUUAUGGAUUUUUAUAUAAUAUAUUUUUUUAAUAGUGAGUUACUCCAAAUAACUUGAUCUGGACUUCAUUUAUUUUUUUUUGUAUAAGGUAUGGAGUUUCCACGGGUAUGCGUACAUCCGGGGCCAGAAGUGUACGAUGUGUUAACACUCCAGGAGAAGCAUCGAUCAGAGGCUGUGUGGGAUGGUUCCUUGAGAGGACCGACCGGAUGCCUGUUUCCUCGCCGCGCGGAUACUGAAUUUUGGAAGCAUGUGAGGCGUCAUCCUUUUCAUCCUCGCAUCCUUGACUACUUUGGCCUGUGUGGAUUUAGGGGAGUAAUAGAGGUAGGAUGUGUAUCAUAUGAUUGGGCAGUCAUCACUGCACUUAUAGAGAGAUGGCGUCCUGAGACGCACACCUUUCAUCUGUGUACAGGUGAGGCGACCAUCACAUUACAAAAUAUCGAGGUCAUGUUUGGCUUGGUUGUUGAUGGUUAUCCCUUGAAUAAUCUUAAUGCUAGAUAUAUCGAUAUUGGUGGGUGGCAACAAUUGAUCCAUGAGCUUACUGGUUGGGCACCCGGUCUGGAUUGUUUUAAUGGUGUUAGUAGGUUAGAAGUACAUAAAUUAAUUGAAUAUAUUAGAGGCUUAGAUGAUAUUACAGAUCAGACCCCAGAAAUUGAUAUGCAACAGCGGGUUAGGUUGUACUUGCUAUGGCUUUGUGGCGGCACGAUAUUUCCGGAUAAGUCCGGUGACUUACUGAAUUUAGAUUAUUUGCUUGACAUGCGUGACCUUAGAGCAAUGAAUGAACAAGCUUGGGGAGCGGCUGCAUUGUCAUAUUUGUAUACUUGUUUAUGCCGUGCUUCAUUGAGGAAAGUGAAGGAUGUGUGUAGAUUCAUUUCCUUAUUGCAGGUUUGGGCUUGGGAGCGCAUUAUACCGAUGCAGCCACCAUGCAGGGCUCUUCCGCCACACACGGCUCUUGCACGAAGGUGGACUCAUCGUAAAUCCCACGAAAAUGAGGCACGUGAUGUUUUACCCAUAUGUAGGGAUGUAUUGGACAACCUAAUAGAUGGCCAGUUUGUGUGGCAGCCUUAUUCAGAGGCCAUCAUCAACAGACUCCCUGAGUGGUGUCUGCGUGGCCGAGAUAUUUGGAUGGCGAAGGUUCCCCUUAUUUGUGGGAUCUAUCGAGAGUGGCACAUGGUAGACCGCGUUCUCAGACAGUUUGGUAGGAAGCAACAUAUUCCGGGUCCAUGUGCAGAGAUUGAUCCUUUUCAUUACAAACGUGACAAGCGGUAUGCUAUAAAAGUGGAAGAUCAAGAAUAUUUUACCGAAACAGACUUUUUGUGGGGAAAUCGUCGAGAUAGUUUAAUUCUGGCCGAGUAUGAAACUCAAGAUCCAGAGUCACUAUCAGAGUAUUUUUGUUGGUAUCGACGUCACUCGCGCACUUUCAUAGGAAAUCCUGCGCAUAAAGUGGAUAGAGGAUACCAACACAUGGCAGGCAGGCAUGAGGCACUGGUACGUACAUUACAUUCCAUUAGAUGUUUGAUGUCUUUAUAUGUGUCUUAGACCACUCUCAAAUAUCGAUUUUUUUUUUAG